AUGCAUGCCAUCGGCAGCUCCUGGGACAAGAGGGAGGUGGCAGCUAGAGAUGGAGAAUACCUGCUGGGGAUAAAAAGACUAAGAAGGCUUUACUGUAAUGUGGGCAUUGGCUUCCACAUUCAGGUCUUACCAAAUGGGAAGAUCACAGGCGUGCAUAAUGAAAACAGAUACAGCCUUCUGGAGAUGUCCCCAGUGGAGAGAGGAGUGGUCACUCUGUUUGGAGUGAAAAGCGGCCUCUUCAUUGCCAUGAGCGACAAAGGGAAACUCUACGGCUCGGGUCGCUACAAUGAUGAAUGUAAGUUCAAGGAAAAUCUACUGGCCAACAACUAUAAUGCCUAUGAAUCAGCUGCCUACCCUGGCAUGUACAUCGGCCUCAGCAAGACUGGCAAAACCAAGAGAGGCAACCGGGUCACACCCACUAUGACCAUGACACACUUCCUUCCCAGGAUAUGA